AUCUUGUUCGGAAGAGACCGCCUCCCUGCCCGCCCAGGACUCGAAAGCCAGGAGGCGGGGCUGUGCGUUGCGGCGGGCCGUGGCCGGGCCAUGGCGAGCGCGGAGCCCAGCACGCCCGGGAUGCGGGCUUCUACCCCGGGACCCCGGCCCGGCGGGACCCCGGACUGCGCACCGGGCGCCACGAGGCUGCCCUUCGGGCGAAGCGGCAGCGGAGUCCCCCGACUCGGGGAGCGGCCCCGGGCGGUUGUGGAGAAGAGGGGACCGUACAUGGUGACGCGCGCGCCUUCCAUUCAGGCCAAGCUGCAGAAGCACCGGGACCUGGCCAAGGCCGUUCUGCGGAGAAAAGGCAUGCUGGGGGCCUCGCCGAACCGCCCCGAUUCUUCAGGGAAAAGGUCAGUGAAGUUUAACAAGGGCUACACUGCCCUUAGUCAGAGUCCAGAUGAAAACCUGGUGUCCCUCGACUCUGACAGUGAUGGGGAGCUGGAAUCCAGAUACUCCUCCGGGUAUUCCUCUGCAGAGGCAAGUCCAGAGCGCCUUUCUGCACGGGGCCAGGCUGCAGGCAGCAUCACCACCACUGCCAAAUGCUUGUCUUGUGCCUGCUGUAUGCACGGCACUGUGCCAGACUUACGGUGAACCAGGAAGUGAGCCGGCAGCUGCUCCAGGAUGGGUAUCACCUGGAUGAGAUUCCAGAUGAUGAGGACUUGGAUCUCAUCCCUCCCAAGCCUAUGGCCUCUUCAACAUGUUCCUGCUGCUGGUGCUGUCUUGGGGACUCUUCCUCCUGUACCCUCCAAUAGACAUAAGCCCCCAAGAUGGGCCCUGCUCACCAUGCCUGCAGAGCCCUUUUGGCCCUUCUUAGGUCACAGAGUGCAGUGGGGACUGCUGUCAGCCUCAGAAUCACUGGAGGCACUGACCCUCUGGGAAGGUCAAUGACCUAUAGUUACCCCUUACCUGGUGCUUCUCAGGCCAGAGGCCCCCCAUCUGGGCCAUAGGGUGAUAGGUGGAAUUCUGCAGUUUUCCUCUGCUAUUGGAGCAGAGUUUGGAGAAACCACCUUUAUAAGGGCAGGAACAGAUGAAUUCUGGUUCUUGUGGUCAGUGACAAAGCUGGCUAAGGAAAAAUUCAAACAUCUUGACAGGUAUUUGUCAUGCUCUUUGGAGGGAGAAAGCUUUUGUGCCCAGCCUAUGCUGGAUGGUAUAUGGAAGCAGAAAAUAGCACUUUAUGGCUUUCAGUUUGGGAGUCUGAAAAAGAAUAACUAUAUGGGACCAGUUUAAGAAAUUGCAUAUGCUCUCCUCUUCCUGGCUCCAUGAUGGGUUACGUGCUUGACACUCAAGAAAGCAUAAAGCAGGGCCCUUUGGCUCUCUUCCCUUGUGCCUGUUUGGCUAUGGCAGGGAGUACAGCAGGUUGCUUGAUGGCACAGCAGGAUCAAGACUCAGAAUUCCUGGAUCCAGAGCAUCUCCAACUGGCUCAAACUGUCUGGGUAGGUUUAGUGACUGUGGUCAGCCCACCCUAGUUAGAGAAAAAUUGCUCCAUUAUGUACAUAUUUAUUUAUUUGUCUUUCCUUGGUGGCCAUUCUUUGCCUUGUUGUUAGCUAGUUCAAUACACUUUUUUGAGUGUAAAGUUCAGGUGAAGGGCCUGGAGCUUGCCCCAGAAGCCUGCAGGUUUGGGUUACCAGCAGAGGGAGCUGCAGGGAGCAGUCAGGUGCCUUCCUAUUGAGCUUUUUAAACUUGAGAAUAGCGAUGGGUGAGUAGUAUAGUGGUACAGUUGUGUGGGCUGUGAUGUAGUCAGAGGCUCACAGGAUGGAGAGGAGGGACCCAUGGCAGCUUCCGAGAGACUGCCUGAGGAGAUAAUAUGCCACUGCAGAGGGUUUCCCUUCAUCCAGCAUGGGCCUCACGGCAGAUACAGAGGAUUGGGCUUCACGGUAAACCUCUGGUGCCACACAACCCUCAGAGUAACAUAGCUGGGACAGGCCUAAUCUCCCCAGUGAACACGCUGGCCCCCUGCCCCCAGUAUCUCAUGCAUCUCAUCAUCUCUUGCCAUCCCAGUCCUCUCUAGAAUUUAGUUUUCAAUGCUUUUUCUUUUUCCUUUUCUUUUUUUUGGCCUCACCUAGAGCCCCGGUGAGGAUUGAACGAGAGUGGACACAGUUCCCAGCCCAAGGGACAUGAUGGUCAGGAUUGGGGUGUGGGCCCACAUGGGAAAGUACCUGGUCUGUUACUUCAUUUGAUGUCUUGUGGCCUCUAGAGGUAUGAGGAAUGACAUGGACUCUUGCUCUACCACAUGAGGUGAUUGGACGGCUGAGAAGGUCCUUAUUUGUUAGGUGUAAUCUAGUAGCAUCACAGCAGGAGGGAGAUGGGACAGAUGCCAGAGGCACCUCGAGUUAGGGUCUGGAGGAUAGGGGACACAGAUGCCCCCGAACGGGACAGGGCGAUGUCACACAGGUGCCUCACAUUCUGAUAGCUUUGUGCAAAUGCCCACAGGCAUUUGAAGAUGUGAGAACAUCCUCAUCCUGAACCCUUUGCCCAUCCACCAAAGACUAUUCAGGCCUUUCUGGUUUCUGCAGAGACACAUGAAGAGAGGCCCCGAUGUAGGGCAGUGUAAAGAAACUAGUGGUGGCAGGAAACCCAGUGGGGGCCAGAAAGUGCUGUGGAAGCCCAGGGGGGCCACAUUUCUGUGGGGGAAUUGGUUAGGAGAGGGUAGCUGAGCAUUUGGCAACAGCUGUGGUGAAGGCAGCAGGGCCCUAAGAUGGACCUCCAGCUGGUAGUUACCGUAAAUCAACACUGAUGUAUUUGCCUGCAUCUGUUCCUGGAGAGGAUGUUCCGCAGCUGGUUACUCCGUGUAGAAGGCAUUACCUUUGAAGUUUUAGGAAUAGGGUAGCAAGGCAGGGUAGAAACAGUCUACUGUUUGGGGCCAGAGGUCCCAGGCUAAAAUGUCACCAAUAAAGGCACCAAGGUGCCUAGAGCCAAACUGCCUUAAUUCAGAGUGCUGGAUAUUCUGCAGGUGACAGUGCCCUGGGGAGAGAGGGGUGUAUUUGCACUUGCCUCACAGAGGGGAGUAUGUGUAUGGUGUUUACAGAGUACUCUACAGAACUUUUGGCUUAGGCUUCUACAGCUCUGGGGGUUUCUAAGAAUAAACACAAUCAUGCUAGUA